AUGCUUUACUUGCCGUGUAAGUUGUCUACGCAGCCUUUACAGAACUUUCUAACUCUUGUACCGGUUACUCGACUUCGCCAACACACCGCUUCGGUCGCUCCAACAGCUUCACGCCCAGCUUCACGCCCAGUAUCCCCUACUGCCUCCGUUGCUCCUGCGGCCGCUGAGUUGCCUCCUCCUAAUCUACGGUCCGAAAAGCGUCUGCUGCUCUUCCUAGGCCUCGCCGCCGUCGUGUUGCCACUGAAGGGUUCCAGCACUGCUCGCGUUGCGGCUGCUGUAAGGAUAUACAGGAGUUCUCGUGGGCUGUGCCGAACCGAAAUGUUACCGGCGCAAGCUACAGUCGCUGUUUUAACUCGUCUCCCUCCUGCAAACCCUGUUGAAGACGACCCCGACGAGCCGCAAGGCGACCCUGAUAAUGACCCGGCCACCAUACGGGGCUUGCACGGUCCUCUUCCGCUCGCUACCGAUCUCAGAUACAUUAUAUAA